AUGCUGAAUGUGAAAGGUUUGCAAUCACUGCUGGGCACAAUCAGACCUGUAAUCACGUACUUCCGGAAAUCCUACUUUGCCAAACUCGUGCUGAAGGAGAAGCAACACGCUCUGCAACUGCCAUGUAACAGUCUUGUACUUGACUGCAAGACCAGGUGGAAUUCCACUUUCUUCAUGAUUCAAAGGUUCAUGGAACAAUGUGCUGCAAUUAUUGCAGCUACACUUGAUACAAGAAUCAAACAGAAACCAGAGUUCAGGAAAGUGCAGCAACUGGAAACCACAACAGUUGGGAAGCUGGACGCAUCCCUCAAAGUAGCUGGACUUUUGCAAAAGAUGACGCAAGUUAUGUCUAGUGAGAAGUGGGCAACAGCUGGCAUGGUGCUGCCAAUGUUACGAAUGCUGAUGGAGCAUUUCAAACCGGGCUCGUCAUCCAAGGAAAGAGAAGAAGAAGACGAUGACGACAAGUCUAAGGAGGUGGAGGCUUUCACCGAGGGUCUGGAGGCUUCUGCCUUAGAAGACCUGAACAAAAGGUAUAAGGAUGAAGAGGAGCUAGAUUUCUUGCAGGAGGCAACAGCAAUGGACCCUAGAUUCAAGGGCACAGUGAAGGAAGAAAGUGUUUGGGCAAGACUGUGUGAAAAGAUAACAGUCCACAGUACCUCCAUCAAGAGAGACCAAGAGCCAGAGCAAGAGUCUGAUGUCCAGCGAGUGAAGGAUGAAAUGAAGCCAUUAAAUGUAGAGGUCAAGGAAGAACCCAAGGCACCAAAGACCUUACUGGAGGAAAUUUUCAAUGACUAUAUCGAGAUUACCUCUGUUGAGCCUCCUACGCCAGUAGCAGUCCGAGCUCACCAAGAGCUCGUCAAGUACAGGCAAAUGCCCAACCUGCCAAAAGUUGGUGAUCCCUGUCAGUUUUGGAAGGGAAAAUGGAAGAACUGCCCAUGUUAA